AUGGUAGUGAAUAACACUACCAUCGACACUGACAGUACACUUCAUUGUUUCCUCGCCCUUGGUCUGCAACGAUACCUGCCCUGGAUCUUCACUGUCACCAACUUCACUGACCCUAUUAUCAGAGCAAACUUCAUUGGGGACUGCUACCUGCUUCCUGACAUUGCCAGCUGGCACCUCAUUGACAGUGAUACGAGCAGAUCAACAAAGUGUACCACUUAUUUCACUGUUUUCUUUGAUGUGAAGUGGGGGGCAUAUUCUGGCCCAUUUGCUGACCUCCUAGUACAGUUUCCUGUGCUCAUACAUCAGUCGAGCACACCUCUCGAGGCCCGCCAUUCAACUAUCCACUACAUCAACACCAGCCCCAGGCCACCUGUCUUCCACGAGCCAUGGGUCCUAGUACCACACAAAAUCAAGAUCGCCAAGGCCGAGUUUUAUGAGAUGCUUGCUGCUGGCAUGCUGCAUCCUUCAAAGAACCUUACCGAGAAGAAGUGUAGCUCCUGGCGACAAAACAGCGAUUAG